GCCACCUACUGCAAACCCGAGCUGACAGUCAGAGCAAUGCUAGCAGCAUUUCUGUUCCAACAUCCUGCUGGAGCUGAAUAAAGGUGGUUUGUUUUUAAAACCCUCUUUGCAAGCUCACAAGAACAAAGCAAGAUAGCUGGCUUUUUGUCCUAGCUACAAUAAUGGAAAGGAAAAUAAGCAGAAGAGAAAAGGAGAGCGAAGAAAAACAGAACAACUCUGAAGGCUCUGAGCAAGACAAGGACUAUAAAACGUCUCUGAUUACUCUGAAUGUUGGUGGCUAUCUUUAUAUCACACAAAAACAGACACUAACCAAGUAUCCAGAUUCUUUUCUGGAAGGGAUCAUAAAUGGAAAAAUAAUGUGCCCAUUCGAUGCAGACGGUCAUUAUUUCAUAGACAGAGAUGGACUCCUUUUCAGACACAUUCUCAACUUCCUACGAAAUGGAGAACUUCUUCUACCAGAAGGGUUUCGAGAAAAUCAACUUUUGGCACAAGAAGCAGAUUUUUUCCAGCUUAAGGUACUCUCGGAUGCAGUGAAAUCAAGGUGGGAGAAGGAACAGCUAGCAACUCGAGAGACCACUUUCCUGGAAAUAACUGACAGCCACGACCGUUCACAAGGACUUAGAAUCUUUUGUAAUGCUCCUGAUUUCAUUUCAAAAAUAAAAUCCAGAAUUGUACUCGUGUCCAAAAGCAGGCUGGAUGGAUUUCCAGAAGAGUUUUCAGUAUCUUCAAAUAUUAUUCAGUUCAAGUACUUCAUAAAGUCUGAAAAUGGCACACGACUGGUAUUGAAGGAGGACAACACCUUUGUCUGCACCCUGGAAACUCUUAAGUUUGAAGCUAUAAUGACAGCUUUAAAAUGUGGAUUUAGACUGCUGACCAGUCUGGAUUGUUCGAAAGGGUCAAUUGUUCACAGUGAUGCACUUCAUUUUAUCAAGUAAUCACAGAGGCUAAGGAAACGAGCAUGCAGCCAGUAAACCUCCUUGACUUGCAGCCUCCUGGCAUCACAAAUAAUGUCUCUAGCUUUGCACCGCAGAGCUCGGUUGCUAAUCAAUUGAUGUGAGCUAAUGGUAUGUAAAUCUCAUAAUGACAUCCAUCUCUGGCUUACUUAAGCUGAAUGAAAAUUUUAUGUCUGAAUUCAAUAAAAAUUAUCUGCUAAACAUUGUAAACACAGACUGAAUGCUUUAAGCUAUUUGUGAUCUGUUUUCUCGAUGCUGUCUUUCAGAGAGUCUAGCUGAAUUUUUGUGUACUUGUAUGACUAACACGCACACACCUAACUGCUCUGCUUAACAGCAGCGAGAGUAUUUUCAUCUAACAAGCAGGCUUAAAAUAUGUUUUGCUUAUAACAAACUCAGAAUGGAUUUUAGCUGGAAUAAAUGAUUUUGAGUGUUCAUUAGUGUUUAUGCUACUCUAUUGUAUCGAAUUUGCAAAAAAAACCGAGACUGCAAGAGGGCUUAAAAUGAAUCAAUUUUAAAGUUAAAUGAUCUUUCAGCUCAUUUAAACCCAAAUUUAUAGCUGUGUUACUACAUUAGUAACAAUUGUCAAAAAUAUGUAAACCAACAAAAUAAUCCUGCGGGGGUUAGUUCUAAUAUGGGUACUCAGUUGAAUCUGCACAGAAUGCUAGAUUUCCUAAUAACUAUAUACCUAUAAAUGGAUAAUAAAGAUGUUUGACAUGAAGUUUCAUGUAACGGGUUUCUAAUAAUGACAUCCUACAAUGCUAAAGACACUACUACCCACUAAUAAUUCGUGCUGAUAAGGAAAGAUAA